UAUCUCUGGCCUUGGAAGUCUGGGCUUGGGUAUACUGAUGCAACAUAACACAAAAAUGCAUAAUCAGUGUGUGACACACCGUCCCUCCCUUUGGACCCUGUGUGUACAGGUUGCUGCUCUCAGUGUGACAGCAAAACAGGAUAAAGGUUCAGCUGCUGCCUCAGUCUGCUGUAGUCAGGGGAGGGUGCUGUGUAUUAUUCUAAAUGUUCACAUACACUGAUGCAAAGACUGUUUUCUGAAUAUCUUCAUGAAUGUAUUAACUGAAAAGACCACAUAAAUGACAUGAACGCCUUAUAGAGUAUAUUCUGUUGUCUGGUAUAUAGAUUUCUCAGCUUCUUUUUAGACAGGCUGAUUGCAACAUUGCUGAUAUCUUCUUCAUUGCGCUGACAUAUUCAGUGAUAAAUGUGAGAUUGCUUGUUGAUUUAGUUCAUGCAACCCUAACCUUUUCCACCCAUGUCUGUUUUUUGAACAUGUCUUUUUUAACUAACUCAAAUGUUGUGGUUAUGCAGAAUAUUAGACACAAUUGUUAGAAAUGUGCAGUUGAUGCAACUUACAUGCAGGUUUAUUGGAUGUUUUGUGUCUUUUGAAGUGUUGAAAUAGAACAUUUUGCUGAAUUAUUAUAAUCCCAUUUACUGUACCUCAAUCUGUUUUUUUACCCUCUUUCUUUUUCUCCAUUGCUCUCACUUCUCUUCUUCCAGCUCUGCUGUUGUGCAGACAUGAAGAGCAACAACAGCCUGAAUCCUCUGUAUUUUCGGUUCACUCUGUUUGCAGACUUUGGGCCCCUCAGAUAUCUGUUCUUCAGUCUGUGUCUGUUGCUCUGCAUGACUAUUGUCUCUGCUAAUGUUGUCAUUAUUCUGACAGUCUGUCUGGAGAAGUCUCUGCAUCAUCCCAUGUAUAUUUUUAUCAGCUGUCUGUCUUUUAACUCUCUGUACGGCUCAGCCGGCUUCUUCCCCAGGUUUCUGAUGGACAUUGUGUCUGACACUCAUUUAAUCUCACGUCCAUUAUGUUUCAUUCAGAUAUAUGUUGUUUACACCUAUACAUCAUUUGAGCUGACUCUCCUCAGCAUCAUGGCCUAUGAUAGACUUGUUGCUAUUUGCCAGCCUUUACACUAUCACAGUAAAAUGACAUUUAAGAUGGUAACACAGCUUGUGAUUUUUGCAGUGCUCAUCCCUGCAUUUUUUGUGGGUUUCAUGCUGUAUCUUACUGUCCGAUUACCGCUGUGUGGCAAUAACCUGAAUAGGCUGUUCUGUUCCAACUGGCCUGUGGUUCAGCUCUCCUGUGUGGACACAACUCUGAACAACAUAGUAGGUCAGUCCCUUGUGGUCACAACCAUCUUAACCCUCCUGUUCUUUGUCCUGUACACCUAUCUCCGUAUUCUGCUUGUCUGCAGGAGAAGCUCGUCUGAAUUCAGAGGAAAGGCGUUGCAGACCUGCCUGCCUCACAUCAUCACAUUCAUCACCUAUUCUCUCUCUCUCUUCUGUGAGCUGUCAUUGACUCGAUUUGAUCCUGAUAACAUGAAUCCUUUCAUCACAGUUGUUUUAUCUUUACAGUAUUUGAUGGUCCCCCCCAUUAAUAACCCUCUAGUUUACGGCCUGAGUCUGCCUCAAAUCAAAGGAGUGAUUGUUAGAUUUUUGAAGAAGAAUCCUUCUGUGAAAGUUUAAGAGUCAGCAUUGCACUAUUGUUAACAAUGAAGCUC